AUGGCCGACGCCGGCAAGGCUGAUGCGAAACUGGAAGCAAAACCACAAGAGAAGAAGGCUUCCAAGCCAAGAAUCGACUGCCUUGACGGAUGCAGAUUUGCAUUAGUUUUUCCGAUCGUGAUCGCGCACUUCGCGAGGUUCGGCACCAACAACACGACAAUGUUGAAGCUCCUGACGCAGGAAAAUGUCUUGGUGGGCGGGUUUUUCGUCAUUUCCGGAUAUGUCAAUGCCUACACAUCGACCAAGCUUGGCGAGCGGAAGGCAGAGGAGAAGAAACUUGCCAACCCAGAGUUGUUUUUUUGGCAGAAGGUCAUGGCUUACUAUCCGCUCCACUUCGUGGUCUCAGCAAUUUUUGCACCCAUGUUCAUCCAAGUUGAAAGGUGGUACAACACCCCAUGGACAAUGACAGCAUUCCAUGCAUUUUUAAACUUCAGCAUGCUGCAGGCUUGGUUUCCGAAAGAGGCUGAAAUUUGGAAUCAGCCCACAUGGUUUCUGUCUGCACUUACCUUCUCCAACCUCACCAUGCCCACCUUUGUGCUCCCACAGGUAGCACAACUCUCAAAGUCUGGGCUGCGGAAGCUGUUUGCUGCUUUGACCGGCAUUUCACUUCUGCAGAAGGUUUCUUACUCGGAGACCUCCCGCUUCCACAGCAGCAAAGAGCACCCUGUUGAUGGAAAGGUUAUGUACCCAUUGAUCUGGAACCUGACGCGCUUCCAUCCCUUCUGGGCCCUCAUCGAGAUGACAAUGGGCGUUGCAGCUGUUCGCGACGUCAUGCUGGACACCGAGGAGGACAAAAAGAAGCCACCAACGAAUCCCAUUUGGCUCUUCUUGGCAUCUUUUGCCUCCUUGGGCUUGCGUCUGACUACUUUUGACUUCAAUGAUGCCAUCAUUCGUGGCGUGCUCUUUGUGCCCAUGUGGACGAAGUUUUUGACGCAGAUCCACAGGGAUUCCCUCUCAGCCAAUCCUGCGCCUAUCACGCGAUUUUUCAAAUCCAAGCCGAUGGCCACGCUGGGCUCGAUAGCCUUCCCGAUGUUCAUCCUGCAUGGUCCAAUCGGACAGAUCUUCUACAAGAAGAUACUCGCGAAAAAACUAUGGGGCGGACCAAUGUCAACGAGAUUCUUCCCGUGUUACUUGCUCAUUUGCUUGGCCUUGAGCCACCUCACCAACGAGUUUUUCGUCAAGAACAAGAAGGUGGGAGAAGUGUCCGGCAAGAUGGCAGUCACCCUGGGAGCAUUGACUGAGGGCAUGAACGACGAGCGUGACUCGUUGAUGCUCCGAAUACGCGCGUGCUUAAAGAAAGCAGAGAUAGGCUUGAUGAUGCAUGGCCGGGCAAGAGUCUGGCAGCUCGGAGAUCUGUGUCGCAAUGCCAAGCUCGCACAGAUGCUCUCCGCGGAGAGGACAAUGGAAAUUGUGACAUCCGAAGGGGUCUGGCCUGAUAGGAUAGUCGUCGAGGCAUAUCCAAGGAUCCUCGACAUGAGCACGGUGCCGCAAAAGAUCGAUGUGACCGGGCAGCAUGCUGACGCAAAGGCCAUGGCAAUGCCACCAGACUCGAAGCAGGAAGUCAAGCCGGUGAAGGUCUCGAAGCCUCGGAUUGACUGCAUUGACGGCUGCCGCUUUGCGCUGGUCUUCCCCAUCGUCAUUGCACACUUCGCCAGGUUUGGCACCAGCAAUCUGACGGCGCUGAAGCUGCUGACGCAGGAGAACGUACUCGUUGGAGGCUUCUUCGUCAUCUCAGGAUAUGUGUCUGCCUAUACCUCCACGAAGCUAGGCGAGCGGAAAGCAGAGGACAAGAAGCUGGCCAACCCAGAGCUCUUCUUCUGGCAGAGGGUCAUGGCCUACUACCCUCUGCACUUUGUGAUGUCAGCAAUCUUUGCUCCGAUGUUCAUUCAGGUGGAGAGGUGGUACAACACUCCCUGGACCACGACCGCCUUCCGUGCCUUCCUGAACUUCAGCAUGCUGCAGGCUUGGUUCCCCAAGGAAGCAGAGAUCUGGAAUCAGCCCACCUGGUUCUUGUCGGCCCUGACGUUCUCGAACCUCACCAUGCCGACGCUGGUGCUACCGCAGGUUGCGCAGCUGUCCAAGAAUGGUCUGCAGAAGCUGUUCGCAGCCUUGACGGGCAUCUCUCUCCUGCAGAAGGUAUCUUACUCGGAAACUGCUCGUUUCCAUAGCAGCAAGGAGCACCCAGUCAACGGACAGGCGAUGCAUCCAUUGAUCUGGAACUUGACCCGCUUCCAUCCUUUCUGGGCGCUGAUCGAGAUGACGAUGGGUAUUGUGGCAGCCAGGCAUGUGAUGCUGGACACAGAGGAAGACAAGAAGAAGAAGCCAACGAAUCCGCUGUGGCUUUUCCUGGCUGCCUACGCUUCGCUGGGGCUGCGGCUGACCAGCUUCGACUUCAAUGAUGCCAUUAUCAGAGGAGUGCUGUUUGUGCCGCUCUUCACAAAAUUCCUGACCCAAAUGCACCGGGACGCUUUGAGUGCUGAACCGGCCCCCAUCACGAAGUUCUUCGGUUCCAAGCCGAUGGUCACGCUUGGCUCAAUUGCCUUCCCCAUGUUCAUUCUGCAUGGACCCAUUGGGCAGAUCUUCUAUAAGAAGGUGCUGGCAAAGAAGCUGUGGGGCGGGCCCAUGUCGACAAGCUUCUUCCCGUUCUACCUUGCCAUCUGCGUCACUCUGAGCCAUCUCACGAACGAAUAUUUCGUGAAGAACAAGCAGGUGGGCGCCUUCGCUGGCAAGGUGGCCCAAAUUUUGGCGCGCUGGACUGAGGGCAUGCUGCGUGAUCGAGCAUAG